UGCCAGUGCAUUGCUUGUGUAUCGUGCUGGUGCUUAUAAUUUUAAUUUUUACCGAAACAUGAAAAUUUACGUAAAAAUUUCAAUAUGCUUGGUUUUGACUAUGUAUGUAAUCACAUGCGAAUCAAAGGACAGCAAAUUAAAAAACGUGACCAAGAAAAGUGAAAAUGUGAAAUCGAAACAGUCUCACGCGCAGCCAAGUGCUCACGGUGGAUCAAAAAAAUUGAAGUCAGGCAGCGCAGGAAAUAGGAUUAAAAUAAGGAGAACGAUAAUAUCUUGCUGCGGACAAAAAAGUUGCAGCAGUUCCUCUUCAAAAAGGAUUCACAGAAAAAACGAGACGAUUAUCCCAAAUGAUGCUUCCAAAGUUAAGAAAAUUAUCAGAAACGAGCUAAAUGGUCCUUCAAAAAAGACAGUUGUUAUUGGGAAAAAGAAAUAUAAAUUUCCUCCCGAAAAAGCCACAUAUGAUGAGGCUCAAAAGUUUUGCUCUGACCAGGGAAUGGAAUUAACUUCAAUCGCUGAUAGCAAGGAAGCGGCCAGAAUUGAUGAAUAUCUCAAUUACAUUGGACUUGGUUCUGAACCAGUUUUUUCUUCCGCAAAUGAGCAAUCCAUGGCCUCGCUCAAAUGGGGAACAGGGAGUCCUCCCGGCGGCCCAGGUGACUGCCUCACUCAAUAUCAGGGGGCCCUUUACAAUGCCUCCUGCGAUCAGCAACUUUCCUUCUCCUGCCAAGAAAUGCCUUUGCCCGACGGCGUCACAACCCCAGCCACUUUGGACUCGAUCGCUGACGCUGUUCUGAAUUUCGUCGGUGGAAAAAACAUUGUGGUGCCGUCUGAAAAAGCAAAUGCGACUGAAGCAAAUAAACUUUGCAAAAAUCAAGGCAUGGAGCUCAUGAGUCUUGAUAGCAUCACGCAGCUAGAUUCCGUUCAAGACUUCUUAGGAGACAUUGGCCUUUCAACAUCCACCCUGAUGACUUCGAUGAAAAAGGUCACUGACGGAGGAAGCAACUGGUUGGGCGAUUUGGCUUCUGCUUUUCUGCCAAACGCAGACCCGAAGAAAGAUGGAGACUGCAUGGGUUUGAAUUCUUUGGGCAUCACGGGCAUCAACUGCGACACGGUCUCUAAUUUUGUUUGCGAGGCGCCGAAACCGAAACUGAUCGGCGAAAAAGGACAAGAGCUCCCUUUCAGCCAGGACUUGCUCAAUCAAGCGACAGCCUUUCUGUCGGGAUCUAAAAGCGAAGAAAUCCCAAAAUCCAGCACUGUUCAAAACUCAAAAGGCGCAACACAAGCCGCGUCAAAGGAUGCAGUGCCUGAAAACACCGAAAAAUCACCUGAUUUAAAAACAACUGCUGGUGAGGUUGAAACAACCAAGAGUGUAGCAACUGUUGCGGAAGUGGUGACGGAAAGAUCAACUAGUGCAGAUGUUGGAUCAGCAACCAGCAGCACAGCAAUGAAACAAACACCUUCGUCGGAAGCAACUGACGCAAUUUCAACAUCGUCUGCUGACGGCACUUUAACAACCGAUGCUAGCCAACCUGCCAGUUCUGCUUCAUCAUUGAGUCCUGAUGCAGGCUCUACAAGCUCCAAUACUUCUGAUAAAACUUCCAGCACUAACAGCACGACCAAUACAACCGACGACGCAACUUUGUCUUUAAAUACAAACUUCACCGUCAACGGAAAGAGUUAUCUCAGCCCAAACUUUACUACGACGCAAGAGAACGCAAGUGCGUGGUGCAAUGCUUCCGGAAUGGCCCUAGUAAUGUUUGAAACCAAAGAGGAGUAUCUUGCUGUGCAAGAUAUCAUCAGUAGCAACAAAACACUCAACUCAAUUACAUUUUUCACUGGCAUGGCAAAAAAGAACGGAUCUAUUUUCCCGCCACUGCAUUAUUGCUCUGACGGAUAUUUCGAUCAAUACAACAAAACGGACGAGGGAAAGUGCAUUGUGCUGCAUGGCAAGAGUAUUUCCGAUAAGCCCUGCACUGACAGUAGGAAUUUCCUAUGCGAAGAGAGGAUAGUUCCACUAUCAGUCAACAAAUCCUUGGGCAACAAUUACUUCAUUCCAAUGGGAUACAACGUUUCGCAAUACGAAUUGAGAACCUAUUGCAGAGGGAAUUCGCUGGCAGAUUUGGCAAUUAUAGACAAUCCAUAUGAACUCCUCGGUGAGCUUGAUCACUUCAUUGACGCAAUGGGUCUAUAUAAUUCCACAUUCUACUUAUGGAUGAGGAAAGAUGGAAAUGAUUUUCCUGAUAAAUUAAAUGGAACAAUUUUGCCUUGGGCGCCGGGCCAACCGAUCAAUGACAACGCUCAUCAUUGCCUAAAAUUGUACAACAAACUUCUGAGCACCUCCACUUGCAACGAGCCAGCACUCGGAAUUUGUGAAUUGAAAUCCCAUGCAAAUCUAAGUGUUGUUGGAAAAACUUUCAAUGUGUCGGGAAAAAGAUACGUAUACAGCGCCCAAUAUAUUCGGCCGAUACAUGGAAGCAUUUACUGCAAGGACAUAGGAAUGCAGAGCUUAGUAGUGGAAACUUUAGCCGAGCAUCAAGCUAUUUUAGCUGCUAUCCAAACAAACUCUCUUCAAACUGUCAAGAUGUAUAUCGGCUUAAAAAGAGCCAGUGGCACCAUAUCUUGGGAGGGAGGAGCGAAUUUCGACAUGAGCACCAUCGGCUGGACUGCGGUUCCAAUCUCUGAUUUCAACUGUGGAGCAUAUUUGUCAACUGCGGUGAAUUUCUCGGAUUGCAAGCCUGCUAAUAAAAUUGCAUGCGAAGAUGGACCACCCAAAUUUGAAGGAUUGGUAUACAAAAAUUACACUUCUGGAGGAUCUACGUAUUUCUUGGUUCAUGUUUGGAAAUCUUAUGAUGAGGCCCGAGCGCUUUGCAAACAGAACGGAGGAGAUUUGGUAGUAUUUGAGUCGAGCGCAGAAGUGGAUGCCGUCAAUACUUUCCUUGCAGCUAAUUUUAAACAAAACGAUCAAAUUUUCAUCGGAUUGGACAAAUUAAACAAGGGGAGUUUCCAAUGGAUAAACAAUGCGAGCAUGGCCAACACGAACUGGAAUUCUGGAGAGCCAGAUCCCAGCAAAGCAAGUUGGGCACACUGCGCUAGUACGCAGAGUAAAAAGUGGAUUACCCUAGGGUGCACUGGCAACACACAAGUUUUGUGUGAAAUGCGAUGAAUAAUUUGCAAAAGUUUCGUUUUUCUUUUCAUUUUGACAUACCUCGGUUAAUAAAACGCAACCUGGAUUCCAAUUGAA